UGGCGAACUUUCCCUCGUCCGAACUUUUCCUAGCCGACCAAUGUCGAAAAACUCGCCUCGCGUGACGGACGAAACGUCAAUCUGAGAAAUCAGCUGAUAGAAUUGUUUUGUGUCUCUAAUUGUCUAAUUGAUUUCUCUCGUUACUCCCUUGAUCGUGCGAUGACAGUUGGCGUCGACUUCUGCUAGGCUAUGUUUCUCUUCGCGUUUUUUUGUCGUUGAUACACUAGAGGAGGAUCUUAAUUUUGAUGAGGCAACUGCGAUUGUAGCAAAAUGCCUGUUACGAACCAACGCGUCGAGGCCAAUCCUUGUCUCGACGCUAAUGCGUCGCUCGGAAUAGAUGAAGCCUGUUUCAGCAUACUAAACGAGUAUUCCAGAUCUGUCACAUUGUAUUCUCAGGUGUCGGACUGUUAUCGGUGCGAAGAUGUACCGCAAGCUAUCUUGCCAGUGGGAAAAAACACCACGUUGGUUGUACCUACGAAAUAUCCUUUGUACAUAUCUUACAAGGAGGAUGAUAUCUACCGGUGUCAGACAAUGUUCGAUUUUAAAGAGCAUGGAAGUUACGGUUGGAAUAUUUCCAAGGAGCAAGGAGUGUGCUCAGAAAUUUAUACGAUUCAUGAACCGAUAAACAGUUAUCUUCCGAUAUUUGCAGCUUUUAUGGUGUAUGUUCUGUUAAUGAUUUUAUUCGCCACCGUCAAAGUUAUCGUGCGUGUGGUGAAGGGAAGAUUAGCUCCGGAUUAUAUACGCGACGAUUUGGAUGAGCUUCAAGAAACGGAGACCCCGAACCCGAUAGUCAGGACAAACAGAUCUAGUACUAGGAUCCGUUCGGUUGAUACAUUCCGAGGGAUUGCUAUAUUAUUGAUGAUAUUUGUCAAUAAUGGCGGUGGCAGAUACGUGUUUUUCAAUCAUAGCGCAUGGAACGGUUUGACAGUGGCCGACUUGGUUUUGCCUUGGUUUGCAUGGAUCAUGGGAUUUUCGAUCGCUAUAUCGAAACGAUCGGAGCUUCGUGUGUCGAGCUCGCGCGGGAAGAUUAUUUUGCGUUGUCUGCAACGCGCGGUUAUCCUCGUGCUUCUUGGAUUGAUGGUGAACUCGAUUCACGCGGAGUCGCUGAAGGAUCUCCGGUUUCCGGGGGUUCUUCAGUUGCUGGCCGUUUCGUACUUCGUAUGCGCCACCAUCGAGACGAUAUUUAUGUGGACGCAUUCUCAGGAUGUGUUACUGUUCGGCCAAUUUUCAAUCCUGCGAGACAACUUGAGAAAUUCGGCGCAGUGGUUGAUUAUUUUAGCGAUUACGGCGACGCAUACCCUAAUCACGUUUCUUCUGCCUGUCCCAAAUUGUCCAACGGGAUAUUUGGGACCUGGUGGUUAUCAUCAAUUCGGAAACUUCUCCAAUUGUACGGGAGGCGCAGCCGGUUACAUAGAUAGACUUGUGUUUGGCAGUCAUAUGUAUUCCAAAACAGAAAAUCCCGUGUACGGUACCAUCUUGCCUCAUGAUCCUGAAGGGCUAAUGAACACGGUAUCUAUAAUAUUUGUUGUGUACAUGGGUAUCGUUGCCGGAAGGAUUUUAUUGUUUUACUACCAAUGCAAUGCUAGAGUGGUACGCUGGCUGGUGUACUCAGCCAUCACCGGUAUUAUUGCUGGAUCAUUAUGUCACUUUGAUAAAGAGUCCGGAGUGAUACCAGUCAGUAAGAAAAUGAUGUCGCUCUCGUUCAUUUUGACGGCAUCCUGCUUUGCAUUUUUAUUGUACGCAAUCUUACAUUUUCUUGUCGAUUAUAAACAGUAUUGGAGCGGUGCACCAUUCAUCUACGCAGGUUUGAAUCCAAUUACUCUCUAUGUUGGGCAUACUCUUACCAUGGGCUUAUUUCCGUGGGCUUGGAAACUUGUGCAUGCUACGCACUGGUCAGUCCUCGCUAUGAAUUUGUGGACCACAACUUUAUGGGGUGUUAUCGCAUAUUGGUUGUAUUUAAAAGACAUUAUUAUAUCUAUUUAAAACUGUCAAAGGUAUUGUUUCGUGAUAAAGCGUUAUAAUCCUGUAUAUGCAAGGGAUUAGAUAAAUUAUUACAGAUUGCUAUGCUUACAAUGCUUACACGCGCUUAUGAGACUGUAUGCGAUUAGGAAGUCGAAUAUUUCGAGAACAAUGUGAUGAGAGAAAUAACGAAACAGAAAGAGAAGGUCUGAUUGCUCUUCUAAGUAAUCAUCGUUUAUUGACAAUUGUAAAAUUAUAUAAACAAUGCAAUUAACACCUCAAUCAUUAUUAUGUAUAAUAAGUUUUUGA